CCAGGCGGCUACCCUUUUGCUGGAGAGAAGACACUGAGCCAGUUGGUAUGCGGAAUGUGAAUGUAGAACUAAAGUCUCACCUCGUGAACAAAGAAUCAAUCGAUAGACGAACAAUGUCUUCAUGUCGCAGAUGCGAGUCACGAUAGCCCCCAUUUUCACCACAAUUAUUCGACGACUGUGAAGAAAAGCAGCCAAAACCCGCAAGGAUGACAAUCCCACUGCCGCUCCCAAUUUCCACGCCUGCCAGGUGGGCCUGGCACUACACAGGAGGUCGCCAGCUGCCAGUGCCCGGCCAUAACGACGCCGCAGCGUUGCAACCCACAUCACCGCUUCACCGAUACCACUUCUUACUUUUGCUUCUGGCGGCGGGCCAUAGCUUUGCUGCGGAUGACUUCCUCGCGCCAAGCAAAGCCGCAAUGGGUACCCAUGUUUAGUUUGUAGGCCCCUGGCGACUCCCAGCUUAGUCUAAUAUAUACUUGAGAUGCGCAUCGCCAUCUGACGCUGCGCUGCUUUUGCCUCCUUUCUACUUCAUCAUUCUUUUCUUCUUGUUUCUCUUGUCCAACCACUGUCAUUCAUUCACUCGUUAACUUGUUUGAUAUUGCUUUUACUUACCAACUAAUACAACAGUCCUUCGCUUUCUCCUUCUACGACUUGCCUCACCAGGCACACGCCACUAUAUUGGAUUUACACUACGCACUUAGACUAUCAUACGAGUCCAAACACUAUGCGCUUCUCACUUCUUUCGCUCGCUGCCUUGCCCCUAGCGGCACAGGCUCUUGAGUUCCUCGACGACACCCUCGACAUUCUCAAUGACAACGUUGGCGACAUUCUCGACCAGAACACCUUCGUCGAGCAGGAUGGCCUUCUUAAAUUCCCCAUCACUGUUGCCAAGGGUGCCAUCUCCAAGCACCACAAGCGUCAGGCUACAGCUGAUCUCGCCAACCGUCAGACCGGCUUCUUCUACACCAUCGAACUUAUCAUGGGUACCCCCGGCCGCCCGGUCAACGUGAACUUCGACACUGGCUCUGCUGAGCUCUGGGUUAACCCCAACUGUGCCAAGGCGCAGGACCCCGACUACUGCAGAAGCUUCGGUCUCUUUGGCGAGAGCUCUUCCUUCAAGGAUCUUGAGCAAAACAACACUCUCAAGUACGGCCGCGGCGAUGCCAACAUCGAGUACGGUUACGACUUUGUCACUGUCGGAUCUGCCAAGAUCAACCAGCAGGUCUUUGGUGUUGCCCAGGACUCCAGCUUCCACACCACCGGUAUCCUUGGUGCCGGACCUUCUCUGAGCGGUUUCGACAGCCCUUACCCUUACGUUAUUGACAACCUCUUCAAGCAAAACUACAUCAAGAGCCGUACUUUCUCUCUUGAUCUCCGCCACAUCGGCAGCGACCGCGGUGCUGUUGUCUUUGGUGGUAUGGACACCAAGAAGUUCUCCGGCCGCCUCGAGAAGCGUUCCAUCAUCCCUGCUGCCCAGAGCCCCGACGGUCAGACCCGUUACUGGAUCUACCUCGAUGGUAUCACCGUUACCAAGGAUGACGGAUCUGAGACUGAGAUCUUCAACAAGCCCAACGGCCAAGCUGUCUUCCUUGAUACCGGCUAUACUGUCAGCGCCCUCCCCUCCGUUCACUUCCAGAAGAUCCUCAAGGCUUUCCCCUCUGCCAAGCUUGAUUCUCACGGCCAAUACACUGUUGACUGCUCCAUUGUCAAGUCCGUCAAGGGCAGCGUCAACUACAAGUUUGGUGAGACUGUCAUUAAGGUUCCCUACUCCGACUUUGUCUGGCAGCAGCCUGACCAGGGCAUCUGCAUCUUGGGCGUUAUUGAGGACGAUGCUGAGCCCGUUCUUGGCGACACCUUCUUGCGCGCUGCUUACGCUGUCUUCGAUUGGGACAAUGAGGAGAUUCACAUUGGUAAGAGCGCAGACUGCGGUUCUAGCUUGAUCCCCAUCGGCAGCGGCCGCAACGCCGUCCCCAACGUCGAGGGUGAUUGUGGCAAGCCCGAACCUGCUCUUCCUCUUCCUCACCCUAUCCCCGAAGGACCCGGAGCCAAGGGAGAGAAGAACAAGGACUCUUUGAAUGGCACUCAUCCCGCCAAUGCCACUGCUUCCAGCAUGCCUACCCACGCCAAUGCCACUGGAAAGCACCCCAAGGCGACUGGCUUCCACAACGCUACGACUGCUCUCCCCGUCGUCACCUCGACUAUCCGUGAGACUCGCGUUUACACCGUCACUUCUUGCGCUCCUACCAUCACCAACUGCCCCGUUGGGCACCGCACUACACAGGUUGUCACCAGAUACACCACCUUCUGCCCUCUUGCCAACCAGACCUACCCUGCCACCACCAGCACUAGCCGCGAGUCUUGCUCUCAGGUCACCGCCACUAUUGUCCUCCCCAAGACCAUCUACUGCCAGAAGGGUGAUGCCAACUGCAAGCCAGGACAGCCCGUUGUCACUUCGUGCCCCGCGACUAUCCAGCCCAUUACUCCUGGUGCUUCCGCUACUCAGAUCCCAGGCUGCACGAACUGCGCUGCUCCUAGCUCUACUGCCUCGGCUCCUGUCCAGCCCACCAACCCUGCUCCAGCUAUCACGUCUCCUCCCGUUCUAACCACCAUGGAGACCCAGGCUCCUGUUGUUCCUUGCACGACCUGUGUUGUUGCCUCGCAGCCACCUUUGACUGCCGGUGCUGGCAAGUUCUUGCCUGGUGCAGCUGCCAUUGCCGCUGCUGCAAUCAUUGCUGCUCUGUAAAUAUCUCCAAGCUUACGGAUGAGCACGUGUGUAUAAUUAUUAUUCUAGAGAGGCAGUUUAUAAUAGCAACGUUGAACUCGAUAGUACCAAGUUUUAUUAUCAC